AACAGUUUAUGAAAGAGAAAACUUUUCUCUUUCGUUUACUACCAACAUCUGUGAUUGGCGUGUAACGGUUUGUCCGGAAUUUCCAUUCAAAGUGGAUUAUGACAGUUGGCUUUUAGGCCGUAAUCAUAUGUUUGUCGAGAAUUUUCAUGCAUUUUCUAGCAUAUACUUCUAGUAAAUAUUCAAUUAGUGGAUAGACCGAAUACGUCCAAUGCACAAAAUUUGCAGCAGAAGAAACGAGAGGCAGAUCAAAAUAUGAUAUCGGUGAUUAAAAAAAAGUUCUGCGUAUGCCUGGUCCAGACAUUUACAGACUUUUAAAACAGUAAUAAACUGACCGAUUUUCUUCAGAAAAUAGAUGUGUCCCAGCAUGCAAAGAAUUACGAAUCAAAUACCGUUCAUACUUUUACCAUUUAGAUUUUUUUUAAGAAAUUUAGAACUUAAUCUUUCACGGAAUCUUUUUGGUCUUUUUCGGAGUAACGAACCAAUGAUCUCUAAAUGCGCAGGUAUCCUUCUGUUGAUCAACAGCAUGCGGCAGCUGUUCAAAUCGUAAAAUUAUUUCCACAACUUAGUAAUACGCGAGUCACACCAACUGCUCCUGAUGAGUCAUUUUUCUUUUGGCGCAACGGAGGCAAGGAAAAGGGUGCUCAUACUGGCAUGAUAUUUCAUCGCAUCCGGAAUGUCAUCAAACAGCUACCUGCAGAAAAACAUAAAUAUAAUCGAGGAACUAUGCCUGUAGAAGAGUCCGUUUCAACUGAACUUGUAGAGCGGGCUCAAUUGCUCCGAGUAAUGCUUGCAUCGGCAUCAGUAGCAGAACAUAUUUGUGAUGAAAUGGACCGAUGCUUUCCAGUCCUCAAACUGUUAUUAAAAGAAAAGAAACCCGUUAAUGAUAUCUUGGAUAUGUUUCCACACCUGUGUUCAUAUGAAGGAUUGGUGAUUCGUCAAAUGUUUGAGAGAUUGUAUCCUAACAGAACAGAAGGUCUCAAAAUCGAGGAUGUCUUCUCUCAGUGUCUAUCUUAUUCACCGUCCAGAUUCUCUAGAGUAGAAGAUGGUGAGAUAUAAUUUUUUUUAAUUUAGCCCAAAGGUCUGUCAUAAAAUUUUAAAUUUGUAAAACUAUUCACAGAUCACAUUCGAGGAUGCUUGAGAAUAAUUUCUCAUAUGCCAAUUCGCGGACAAAAAAGAACGCUGGUAGGCUGUCCAACUGUAGGCGAAGAACAUUCGGCUUCAAUUUUAAUUCGUUGGAUUGGGGUAAAUGCAAUAUAAUAUACAUAAGGUUAGAUGUAAUGAUUUUAUAUCAUCAUUAGGAGUGCUUAGAUACAUACAUGGCAUCCCCCGCAACUGAUUCCAAACUACACAUGGUGUGCGUAGCAAGCCCGAUGAAAAGAGGAAAUUAUGCCGUCAUUUGUGAGAAAAAAGUUAUAUUCGAGACUAACAAUUCUAUUCAUGCAGUGGAAAUUUUAUUCAAAUGCCACGCAGUUCUCGGAGUGGAGGUGCCACCUAAUUUUAGAAUGUUUUGGGACUUUCUGGCAUGUGCCAUAUAUAAUAUAAUUCCGCACAGUCAGAGGACAACUGUGAAUAGACUCGUCCAAACUUUUAUUGAAGUUUCCCGCGCACGUAUUGACAACAAAUAAAAGGACAACUUUUUUAUACAAUACUUACUAAAAACCAUAAAAUUUAAUAAACAGAAGUUUCUUUAAUUAUUAUUGUAAAAAUAUUCCAUAAGAAAAGAAAGACUGCAUUGUGUUGUAUCCAAAACAAAAUUUUGACGGCCAAUUUCUUCACUGGAUGUAAACCGGUUUAGUUCCAGUUCAAAUGCAACAAUCGAUCAUGAACCAAUUUAAAUAGGAAUCGGUUGUUGCAUUUCUUCUUACAGAAACCAUUCAGAAUUGCAAGUCAUAAUCCGGAUGGCUCCAGUCAGUAUUCCGG